UUUGUUUGUGAAUCCAGAGGGGUCCUACCCCAAACCCUCCAUCUCCGUCAGCCCCGGUGGGGUGAUCCCCAUGGGGGGAAAUGUCACCAUCUGGUGUUGGCAUCAGCACCUGGGCAUGAGGAUCCUCCUCUACAAGGCUGGAGACGGGAACUAUCUGACUCACACAGACCCUGCUGGCUCUGAGGCUGAAUUUCCCAUCACCAGCGCCAGACGGGAACACGGUGGCAGCUACACCUGUCGCUAUAGCAACAGAACAGUACGAGCUGCCUACUCGGAGCCCAGCGACCCUGUGCAGAUCAUUGUAGCAGAUCCCAGCUUACCCAGACCCUCCAUCUCGCUGAGCCUCACUUCGGUCACCACCCCAGGGGCAGACGUCACCAUCCGGUGUCAGGGGCAGCGCCGGAAUGUGACGUUCUUCCUGCACAAGGCUGGAGACCUGAACCCGCAGCGACACAUGGACCCUGCUGGGGACAGGGUCGAGUUCCGCAUCCCCACCGUGGGCCGGCAGCAUGGAGGGAACUACAGCUGCAGCUACCGGCCCCGAUCAGAGCCCUUCGUCUCCUCAGAGCCCAGCGACACUGUGCAGCUGGUGGUAGCAGGGGGAACCGACCCGACCCAGUCUGGAGCAGCGCCGGCUUCCGGCAACACAGGGCCAGGUGGAUCGGAACCUCCGGAUCUGACCAGCCCCAUCGUCGCCGGGGUGAGCGUGGCAGCUGCCAUCCUCCUCCUCCUCCUCGUGGCCUUCGUCCGCUUCAGAAAAACCCGAGCCAGAAGACGAUCUGCAAAAAGAUUGAGCAGUCCUUUGUGGGUGUCAAAGGCCCCAGAUCAGGGAGACCCCGACUAUGUCUCCAUCCAUGAACGGAAAGAUCUGCAGACCCUGGUAAGUGUCCCCUGUACCCCCAUGGGGCCUGACCCCAAUCUUGACCUGGAUGGGCCCCGGCAGCCCCCUCACAGCCCCCCCUUUCCUGGCACACUCAGUGGUUUGGGUGUGGUGCCCGUGGCAUAUGAGGGUGACCGCCUGAAAAUGCUGCUCGACCGAGCCCGCUGA